UGCUUUUACAUAAUACAACUUUCAUCGCUUUAUAGACUUCAAUAAAACCUGUGGAUCAUUUAAUUUUAAUAUAGAUCUAGAUCUUUGUUUUUAAUUACUCCCGCGCCAUUCGCUUGAAGAGUUUCGUUUCCUUCGUUUGUACUUUCGCUUUCCUUAUCGUUCCUGGCGUAUCAAUGGCUGUUGCAACACAUAAAGUACAGUAAAGUAGUGGUAGCGUGGAGUAGCUUACAUCCAGUUCUUUUUCGGAGCGUGUUCUUUCUUGAGGAGGCUAGCUACUAUUGCUGUAAGCAAUGGAAUCGCAGACCAGCACACUGUCAACUCAAAGGGCUGAAGAAGACAACCAGUAUUUGUUGGUAGCUGCUCUCGACAAUGCUCGAAAUGUCUCAACAAUGCUGAAAGCAGUUCACUUUAAAGAUACAGCAACUGUGUUUGCCAGUCCCAUGGGCUUGAAGGUCACUGUGGAGGAUGCCAAGUGUGCUCAAGCGAACGCUUUCGUCCAAGAAGCCAUUUUUCACGAAUAUUCCAUCAAGGAAGAUCAGCUAGCCUUCAAGAUCAACCUAACUGUGCUCCUGGAAUGUUUGACUAUCUUCGGUGGUAGUGCUGGGCCUGGCGCUAAUACAAGCCUCAAGAUGUGCUAUGCUGGCUACGGGUGUCCUCUGAUCCUCAUGCUGGAAGAAGAUGGUGUUUUGACAGACUGCAGUUUAAAAACUUUGGAACCUGAUGAAGUGUUAGACUUUGAUUUCUGCUCAGACAAUGUAGUAAACAAGAUCAUUAUGAAGAGUGAGUGUCUGAAGGAGGUGUUUAAUGAGCUGGAUACCACAAGUGAAGUGCUGCAGAUCCUCAUGUCCCCUGAUCAACCGUUCCUCCAGUUUUCCACCUUUGGAAACGCAGGGAGCACUCAUUCCUCAUUUCCAAAAGAUUCCGAGAUGGUCGAAAGUUUCGAGUGCACACAAACGCAGACCAACAGGUACAAGAUCAGCCUUCUAAAGCCUUCGGUCAAAGCGUUGGCACUGUCCACGAGAAUCUCCAUCCGCACAGACAGCAGAGGGUUUCUGUCCCUGCAGUACAUGAUUAGGACAGAAGAUGGGCAGAUCUGCUUUGUGGAAUAUUUCUGUGCCCCUGAUGAAGAGGUUGAAAGGUGACAUCGUAAUUCAAGGACAUUUGUUUGUUGUUGUUGUUGUUUGGUUUUUUUAUUAUUAUUAUUUUAUAAACAGUAGAGUUCGCUUACUCCGAAAUCUGCGGGACAGCCAGGUUUUAGGUUUAGAGAGUUUGCUCAAAUAGAAGAGGAAAAAGCGGGGAUUUUUUUGUUCCCAGUUUACUGCUGUUUUCGGGUUACCCACCUUCGGUUUAAGCGGAAUCCGCUGUACAUGGAAACUGAAUUUAAAUUGCAUUUCAAAGAUUUGUGACGAGGAAAUUUGUUCCUUUGUACUUGUAAAAUUCUAUUAU